CCAUCGUUGGCAGCAACAGCAACAGCAGACAAGGGUAAAGAACUGCAUGUAACGAAUAUGUGUAUAUGCUCGUAAAUGUUCUAUUGGCUGUUUGUGCACCUUUUACUCUCUUCUCCAACAUUUUAUCCAUGCAUUGAAUACACAACGAGAUUCAGAGACGAUGAGAAUGACGACAACGACGACAACGGCACAACACAUCGAUGUGUCGACUCGUCCACAGUGGACUACAAUACGCUUGAGAGAAAUAUACACGAUUGGCAUAUACACACUGAAUUUUGAUUUCGAAGCUCGCACUUACUCAUUCACUCAAUCCAGCAUUUUCCCCGGGCCGUGUUGUAUGCGAGAAAACGGCGUGUUUGCUCUGUAGCAAAGUUUCCUUUUUUAUAUAUUUCGUGUGGAUAAUAACACCACAAAAUCAAAUACCACAAGAAACAGUCUUCACCAUUUUCGACAAAACGAAACAGUUUGCGAUCAGAUAUUGUGCGUAGCGUUGUGUUAUUUGCAAUUGCGUGUGCUGUGUGGUGCUCCUCGUCUGCUCUUGAUGUGUGGUCAUACACACAAUAUAAUAAAACAACAAGCAGAGCAGCAGCAGACGUAGCUUUCUCUUGAGCGAAGAAACAUAUAAUAAUAUUGGCUGCCAGUGUGCCAACAAGUGUAAAACGAACAAGUAAAAAAGAAACAUUUACGUGCCAGUGCUUGGUAGCUCGCUACAUACUUUGUGGCUUAGAGACAAUAUUUCGUUUGUUGAAAUAUUCGGUGUGAGAAGAUAUUUCAGUGGGAAUUAAGUGAACGAUUCAUUUGAGACUUGAGACUUGAGAUUUGAACAUUUGUCAAAGUGCUUUGCGAUUCGUUUUUUGCUUUUCGUCAGUUUUAUUUGGUUAAUAAUCAUUGUUCAACAUUUACUGUGUGCAUGUAUGCUUUUUUGCCUCAUUGGGACGAGCAAACAUUGAAGAAGUACAUCAAAAGCUCACGCGGAGAUAUUGAAGAGAAAUGCUGUGAAAAUAAUGCAGAAUGAACUCUCCAUGAAUUUGAUUAUACCGCAUCCGAGUAAAGCAUGAUUUAAGCCUUGAGCCGCGAACAUAAGUAAAGAGCAGAACAGAUAUAUAAUAACCAAACAAAAGGGGAAAAAAGCAGCAGCAGCAACAGCAACAACCACAACAAAUGCCAAUUGGAAUAGAACCAAUUGAAAAGUCAGUGAAUCACAUCAUCAAGAGUUUAUACAGACGUAAACAAAAGCUUCGGAGAUAAAGUCAUAGUGAGCGAGAGUGGGUAAGAGGGGGACAGAAAGAGCAAUAAAGUCAUAUCACCCAAAGCAAGUUUAUUUAUCGGAAUUGUGCGUAGGCCAAUACGAAUACAAUUACAUUAAUAUGAUGGCAAAACAUUUAAGACGACGGUUGAGUUUGCAACCUUCAUUUAUGAAGGAUGACAAUGCCGAUGAUAAACCGAAGCGUGAUAAAUUUGAUCGUCAUGAAAUCGAUGCGGCCAUUAUUGAGAGCGCGGCCAAACGUGAAGAGCCAUAUCGAAUUGUUGUGCUGGGACCAGAAAAGGUCGGUAAAACUGCAUUGAUAUGUCGAUUUUUGGAGAAAGACUUUCCGCUAAAGCACAGAGCAACCAGUGAACAAACCAAUUUUGGCACAUACGCUUUGGCCGGAGUCAAAGUGAAACUAGAAAUUUUAGAUACAUCUGGAAGGAAUGAGUUUCCAGCGAUGCGCAAUUUAUCAUUGCAGCGUGGAGAUGCUUUUAUAUUAGUCUAUGAUAUUACUAACACCGAAACAUUCGAAGAAGUGCGUCGAAUACGAGAUGAUAUUCAUAAAGUGAGGCAAACAAAUAACGUACCAAUUGUGGUGGUCGGGAACAAGAUCGAUUUGAUUGAUUCCGAAACAAAAAAGGAUUGCACAACGGAAUCAGUUGUAAGCGUGGACUGGGAAAAUGGUUUUGUUGAAGCAUCGGCCAAGGAGAAUGAGAACGUAAACCAGAUUUUCAAGGAGCUUUUACUUCAAGCAAAACUUGCAUACAAACUUAGUCCAACGAUACGAAAAAACAAUCGUCGUCAAUCGUUGCCGCCGAAUCAAAUGGGAUCCGGUUCAUCGAUGCAUAGUCAACCGGGUAGCUGUCCACCAUCGACCGUUCAUGUACCUUCACCAUUGCAGCUACAACAUUUGCAACAAAUACAGGCUCGCAGCUCAAGAGGCAAGCGUAAUUCAUGCAUUUUAUCUUAAGAACAUGUGCAAUCAAACAAAAACAAGAAAAAAAUGAGGAAGAAAAAGUUAUAUGUCAACAUGUUUUAAUACAUGAUCAGUCUAGGUUUUUAUAUUUGCAUUGACGAAGCAAGUACUUUAAGAUCGAAUCAAAGACAUUACAUUUUCAAUCCAACAGAACCAAGUGGAGUACACAUUUUCAUAUCGUCGCCCACACGAAAUACCAAAUCAUUUCAUUUUAUCUGGUUUCAAGAUCAUCAUUUUUCCACACAUCUCCUCAAUACUCUUGAGUAAACACAACAUAUGAAUUGCGCAUUCUUAUCGAGUCCUCAAUAAUAUUGUCUCUUUCCUUCUCCGUUUUUUUGCUCAAAUCAUUUCCUCAAGCAAUAUCAAACAUUUCCGUUGAAUAUUUUGGCCUUUUGAAUGAAAUAUUAUUACUCGAUUCGCUCAUCACUCUCACUCAUUACUCAUUCUCAGUGCACAACAACAAAUUGAUAUAUUAAUAACUGAAUAGUAUUGUUGUGAAUGCGUUUGAGUUUAAGCACAAUUUUGCCUCAACCUUUGUACCAAAAGAAAACCGAUUUACCAUUGCCCUUAAUUACAUCUAUCAAUAAAUGGAAUUCAAUACAUCUAUAUAAGCGUGUAUAUGCGCUUUUAACUUUCCUUCAUCGACAAUAAAAUACGAAUGAAUGGCAAAUAAUUCGCUUAUUAUUUUCAAAUUUCAAUUAUAAAACUUGGAAUGCGAAUGCAAUUGAGCGUGAGUGAGAAAUUAUUAAGACUUUGAGAACGUGGUUUCUAUUUAUUCAACUUUUCUUAUAUUAUACAAUGUAUUUUUCACUCUUACCAGAUCACUAUCGAUCUCUAAUUCUAUCUCUGUCGUCUUUUUACUAUACUAUAUGAAAACCUAAGAAGAAGAAAGAAAAAAACAAAUUUAAAAUCGUGUAUGGCAUGCUCUAGUUGUGUAGGUGGAUAUCGUUCUUUGAGAAUGUUCUCCUUUUCAAAGAAAUCAAUAAGGAUUCUAUUGCAGUUAAAAACAAUGUUGUGCUGAGAAAAGGAAAUAAUAUACAAAAUGGUAAUAUACUCACAUGGAAAAUCUGUGUAGAUUGAGAUUUAAGGCGUGAAGCGCUUUUGCUUUGAACGUCAAAUCAAAUCGAACCAGAACAACAACAAAAGAAAACCAUCAACUAGUUGAUUGAUGAAAAGAUUUAAAAUUUAUUUAUAUUUACAUAUAGAAAUUAUUUAUUGAAUGAAAAGAAAUACAUAAAUGGCAUAAACAUAUUGUAUACAACAACAACAAAAAAAAACACCAAGCACCUUGAGGUUAAGAGAUUGUAAAUCGUUCAAACAUGAAUGAAGUGAUGAAACAAAAUUUCGCUUUGAUUAUUUCGAAAAAAUGCCAACGGCGAGAAUUAAAAACACCGUUGCUCUUGACCAUUAAGCACAAUGAAUUUUCGAGUGUGCUAUGUGAAUUGAAAUUUAAUCAAAUUUAUAUGCACAACACAUUCACACGCAUACCGAAAAAUGCAUUUGAAGAAAUGUUUUCAGCACUAUAUUUCAAAAACGCCCUUGCUGUAUUUCGAAGCAGAAGUGUGUUUGAUACCAUAUUUCUAAUCUUUGAAUAAAAACAAACCAAUAAAAAAAACAUUGAAUAUCUUAAAACUGAUAAAUGUACUUAGUAUUGGAAGAUAAUAAUCGUAAGCAGAGAAAAAAAAUCGAUGUUCUUCAGUGUUCAAGACAUAAAACAAUUCAAAAAUGAAACAGAGAGAAUGAAACAGUGUGAGCCGAUAUGGAAAUAACAUAAGCAAAUCUUAUCUUUAUCGUACUAUAGUCUAAACAAAACAAAAAUAUAAAUGUCAUGAUUAUAUACAUAAUUUCCAUAAUAAGCAAAAAAAACUUGUCUUUAAUUGCAACCAAAAAAAAAAAUUAUAAUAAUUCACAUUGCCGAUAUCGGGCUGUUAAUAGUCAACAACCGAAUCGAUAUGAAAAUGGUGCCAUUCAACAAAGCUAUUUAUUAUUAUAUAAACGUUAUACAUUUCUGUUUAGCGAAAAACUAAUAUUUGAAACUGUCGUUGUGCCCAAAAACUAACCGAACACUUCCUAAAAGAACACUUAAGCUUUAUUAAUGGACCUUUCGGAUAUAUACAUAGAGAGAGCAAGAGAGGCAAGAGUGAUGGGAAAAUUAAACGAGCAAGCGAGAGAACCAAUGAAUGAAAUAAAAGAAAAAAAAAUAUUAUGUCAUUGUAAGAGAAUCCUUUCUAUCGUGUAACAUCAUAAAUAUGCGCGACGAUGUUCAGGUUUACUCUCACAUGCCAUAAAAUUUGUAUCCAUAUUUCAUGGAAAAAUGUUCUUCUUGUCAUCUAUCACCGUAGCGAUUAAUCAAAUAAUCUCCAAAAAAACCAGAACAAAAUAAUAAGAAUAAUAAAUAACUAACAUCAACGGCAGCAUCGAACAAACACGCACAUUUCAAGCAUCAACAAGAUGAUGAAUACACAACUGUUGCGAAUAGAUUGGAAGUGGUGCGUAGAUUGGAGAGGCGCGAACGAAUUAUUCUCGAAUCGGACGCUUUUUCAGCAUCGAAAAACCAUAAUCUCUUCAUUUCAACACAAAACGGCUCAUACGUUAAUGCCCAACAACAUCAACAUACACACUUAACACUUUUUGGGAAUGAAUGUACAUGCACAUGCUACACAUGUGCAUGGCUUUUGUAUUUGAUAUGAGAGUAAUCGAUUGUGUUGGGCUCGAUGAUAAAUAUACACAAAUUUAUUUUGUUUCGUAUUUUAUGUAAAAUAAUAUAUUAUAUGGACAAUAUCGUAAUUUAUAAAAUGUUGCGAUCCAUGCCAAUAUCUAAAUUUAGACAUCUCUAUUUACUAAUUAUAUUUUUAUUAAAGAAAAUAAACAACAAACUUUUCUAAUUUUGAAAGUCCAACACACAUAAUCAAAAUUAAAACUAAUUCAAAACAUAUUUAAAAAAAAUAACCAAACAAAAAAGUUCAUUAUUUAAAUACAGCUUUGGCAUUAAAAUGAUUAUUCAAAAUGUUAACAAUGACUGAAUCGUAAUGGAAUUAAUUAGCAACCAAAUUUAAUCAUUUUAUUCAUAAAUCAACACACCAAUACCGCCCUUCUUAAGACCUCCCUCCCAAAACAAAAAAAAAAAAAAAAAUAUUUGAAAUAAAUGAAACAUUUCGCCCAAUAAAAUUACUGUUAUGACAAUCUGACAAAAUAACAUAAAAAUAUAUAGUUGAUAUUAAUUUAAACCAGAAACUAUAUUGAACUAACUGGUCCGCUGAGCUGACAAUACGUUAGCCAGCCAAAUGGGGUAAAACAAUAGAAGUGAUUCAUGAUUAUAGCAAAAACGUCUAUUGUUUUAGCCCAUUUUGUUGGCUAACGUACUGUCAGCUCAGCGGACCAGUUAGUUCAAUGUAUUGUCUGAUUUUAAACAGUGCAAACAUGGGAUUCAAUAUUAUAUUUGUUAUAUACAUAGGCAUAGAAGCUGUAUGGAUUUAUCUUAUAAGAUGGAUGUAAAUGUGUUAGAGAAAACUAUAAAAAAAUAAUGUAAUUUUAUCAGAGAUGACCGAUGACGAGGCCAACCAUAAUAAAAUAACAAUGCUGAUGAUGAUGACGACGAAAAAA